UGGCUUCACUCACAUGCACAGAGAAAGAGAGAGAGGGAUAGAGGAGCUGUAGAGUCUUAGCCGCACAUGAGGCAGCUCUGUCUAUUUUAAACCACAACAGAUUGGACUAUUUCACUCGAAGCGUAUUACAGAUUACAUGAUCAAGAGCAAAGUUUUAGCUCCUUUUUAUUUUUACCUUUUCUAUUUUGGAUUUUCCUUUAUCUGACUCUAGGUGAUCGUGGGUGCCUGAGUGUGACAGAGUUAGUGUGAGUGUGUAUUUUAGUGAGUCUGCAUGUGUGUAUAGGAGAAAAAAAUUGGACCAGGAUGAUUGCUGCCCAGCUCCUAGCCUAUUUCUUCACAGAACUCAAGGAUGACCAGGUUAAGAAGAUUGACAAGUACCUGUACUCCAUGCGUUUCUCUGAUGAGACGUUACUGGAUAUCACACACCGGUUUCGGAGGGAGCUGGCCAAAGGACUGGGUCGGGACACGAAUCCUACCGCUGCACUUAAGAUGCUUCCAACAUUUGUGAGGUCAAUCCCUGAUGGCUCAGAGAAAGGGGACUUCAUUGCAUUGGAUUUGGGAGGCAGUAACUUCAGGAUCCUCAGAGUCAAAGUGAGCCAUGAGAAGAAACAGACUGUUCAGAUGGAAAGUCAAAUCUAUGACACACCAGAGGACAUCAUUCACGGCACUGGAGCAAGACUGUUUGACCAUGUGGCAGAGUGUCUUGGGGACUUCAUGGAAAAACAAAACAUCAAAGACAAGAAACUUCCAGUGGGAUUUACCUUCUCCUUUCCCUGUCAGCAGACCAAACUUGAUGAGGGCUUUCUGAUCACAUGGACAAAACGUUUUAAGGCCAGUGGAGUGGAGGGAAUGGAUGUUGUCAAGCUGCUCAACAAAGCUAUUAAGAAAAGAGGAGACUAUGAUGCUGACAUUAUGGCUGUAGUGAACGACACUGUGGGGACAAUGAUGACUUGUGGUUUUGACGACCAGCGCUGUGAAGUUGGCAUUAUUAUCGGCACAGGCACCAAUGCGUGCUACAUGGAAGAACUGCGUCACAUUGACCUGGUGGAGGGGGAUGAGGGCAGGAUGUGCGUUAACACUGAGUGGGGAGCUUUUGGAGAUGACGGCAGACUGGAGGACAUCAGAACAGAGUUUGACAGAGAGAUAGACCGAGGCUCCCUAAACCCUGGCAAACAGCUCUUUGAGAAGAUGGUCAGUGGUAUGUACAUGGGGGAGCUGGUCCGUCUCAUCCUGGUGAAGAUGGCCAGAGAAGGCCUGCUGUUCGAGGGAAGGAUCACCCCUGAGCUUCUGACAAGAGGAAAGUUUGAGACCAAACACAUCUCAGCUAUAGAAAAGAGCAAAGAGGGGCUGAACAAGGCCAAAGAGAUUUUAAUCAAACUCGGUGUGGAGCCUUCAGCUGAAGACUGCAUUGCUGUGCAGCAUGUCUGUGCCAUUGUGUCUUUCCGCUCUGCAAACCUGAUCGCAUCCACACUGGCAGGCAUCUUGAUGAGGCUGAAGGAGAACAAAGGAGUGGCACGACUUCGAACCACUGUAGGCAUUGAUGGAUCGCUAUACAAGAUGCACCCACAAUAUGCUCGUCGUCUUCAUAAGACAGUCCGUCGUUUGGUCCCAGACUGUGAUGUUCGGUUCCUCCUAUCAGAGAGUGGUAGUGGAAAAGGUGCUGCCAUGGUGACAGCGGUGGCUUACAGACUUGCUGAACAGUCAAAACAAAUUGCAGAAACACUUUCCGAAUUCCGCCUGACGACAGAACAGCUGCUUGAGGUUAAGAACCGCAUGAGGGUAGAGAUCCAAAACGGCCUUUCAAAGAGCACUCAGGACAUAGCUACAGUCAAAAUGCUGCCAACCUUUGUACAAAGCACUCCUGAUGGCACAGAGCAUGGUGAUUUCCUGGCAUUGGACUUGGGAGGAACCAACUUCAGAGUUUUGUUGGUCAAGAUUCGCUCUGGCAAGAGAAGAACGGUGGAAAUGCACAACAAGAUCUAUGCCAUUCCUCUAGAAGUGAUGCAGGGCACAGGAGAGGAGUUGUUUGAUCACAUUGUGCACUGUAUCAGUGACUUUCUGGACUACAUGGGGAUGAAGAACACUCGUCUACCUCUGGGCUUCACUUUUUCAUUCCCCUGCAGACAGACCAGCCUUGAUGCUGGCAUCCUGGUGACAUGGACAAAAGGCUUCAAGGCAACAGACUGUGAAGGAGAGGAUGUGGUGGGACUGUUGAGGGAGGCCAUUAAGAGGAGAGAGGAAUUUGACCUGGAUGUGGUGGCCGUAGUAAAUGACACUGUGGGAACAAUGAUGACCUGUGCAUAUGAGGAACCUACCUGUGAGAUCGGACUCAUUGCUGGCACCGGCAGUAAUGCGUGUUACAUGGAGGAGAUGAGAAAUGUUGAGAUGAUUGAGGGGGAUGAGGGAAAGAUGUGUAUCAACAUGGAGUGGGGGGCUUUUGGAGACAACGGAUGCCUUGAUGACAUCAGGACAGAGUACGACCGUGCUGUGGAUGACUUCUCCCUCAAUCCAGGCAAACAAAGAUAUGAAAAAAUGUGCAGCGGCAUGUACCUUGGUGAGAUUGUGCGUAACAUCCUCAUUGAUAUGACCAAGAGAGGAUUCCUGUUCAGAGGACAGAUUUCUGAAACACUGAAGACCAGAGGCAUCUUUGAAACAAAGUUCCUCUCACAGAUUGAGAGUGACAGAUUGGCUCUGCUGCAGGUGAGAUCCAUCCUUCAACACUUAGGACUGGACAGCACCUGUGAUGACAGUAUCAUAGUCAAAGAGGUGUGUGGAGUCGUGUCACACCGAGCUGCUCAGUUGUGUGGGGCAGGUAUGGCUGCCGUGGUCGAUAAGAUUAGAGAGAACAGAGGACUGGACCGUCUGAACAUCACUGUAGGGGUAGACGGGACGCUCUACAAACUACAUCCACAUUUCUCCCAGAUCAUGCACCAGACAGUAAAUGAACUGGCCCCUCAAUGUAACGUCAAUUUCCUGCUUUCAGAGGACGGCAGUGGGAAAGGAGCUGCACUCAUCACAGCUGUGGGCUGCAGAUUGAGAGAGGAGCUGAACAAUAAAUAGGCAGUAGUUGCUGUCUCUUUUACCUCCUCUCUUCUGUGUUUCUCUGUCUACCCUCCCUCUCCUCCUCUCUGUGUUCUGCCUCCUCUUUUGAAUCACUCUGGUGAACGUAUCUGCUGCUUUAGCUCAUUUACACAACACAGAAAGGUGAUCUUUCUCUGCUGUGUUAGCAGAUAAGCACUGGGAAACAGCUAGAUUUUGUUUGUUUAAUCAGAGUGUUAUUACCCAAGUUAUUUCAUUUUUGUGAUUUCUAAGGAGAAAUUUAUCACUGAUAUAAAAUGCACACAUUCAGCUUCUGGCAAAAUGUGCAGAGCAGAAAAAGUCCAACCAUGUCGGUAAAGUUUCCAUGAUCUGUUCAGCACCGCCACCUAGAGGAUGUCUCUGAUAACUGCACACUUUUACAACAUAAAGAGUACAAGCAAAAACCAAAAGCAGAAAAUUAUUAUUCUUGCAACAUGUUUGAUAGAUGCAGGGACAUAAAAAAUACUGUUUUAGACCAAAGUGUGUCUGCUGUAUGCUUCUCGCUGUCUGUAUAAUCAGACUUGAGCUAUAUGAUGUGAUAUAUCAAUAUGUCAUGAGAUAAAGGGAAUACUUUUGGUUUAGAAUUUUAAUAUCUAACCCAGAUAUAAAACAAUAUGUUCUGAAUAAAAUGUUGCUAUUUAUUUUAUUUUUAUAUCGGGGAAAAUGUUGAAAUUGUUACUGUUGCAAAACGCCAUUGUCAUAAUCCCUUUAGUCUGUUGAUGCUCUGUAGUGGAGCUAAUAAACCCUAUCAGUGCAGAGAUGUGACAAAGAGGGAUUUCCUUUAUGCUUGCUCUGCAGGGAACACCACGCCACUUGCUUACUGAAUGUUUUUAUUGGUAUAAUUUGAAACAGCAGUCUUAUUCUACUUUAAGGUCAAAUUUUUUUGAAGAACUUUUAUUUUAUAGAGUAGAAAUCUUGUUCUUGGUACCAAGCACAGCUAAGAAGUUUUGUCAUAAGAAGUUCUCCACAAUUACUGAAUUACAGCCAUUAAAUAAGAUUGUGGUGCUAACACUGAUGUCAGUGGAUCAACAAUGGCAAAUGUCAUUAUGAAGAAUAUUGCAGUGGCUCAAACUCUAGGGGAAUUUGAACAUGUUUAAAUUAAAUUGUGUCCCUGUAGUCACUCACUGUACUUCAUACGCUCCUACAAACAGACAGGGCUUAUGUGAACUACUGUACUCAUUAUUACUUGUUUGUUAAAAGUCAAAUAUUUAUUUUUCUCUAUAAUCUUAAAUGAUUGUAUUAAACCUAUGACUGAUGCUUAUUGACUGUCUUUUGCCAUUGGAGGGGUGAGCCCAUUUAAAAACUUAAAGCAAGACUUCGAGAAGUCAGCUUGUUUUAAUUGAGGGUGCAAUAGUGAGUCUUUGAGAUGCUGCUGUACAUUUUACUGCCAUUGUUGUAAAACCAGAUAAAAAUCUGUCUUUUUGGGACUGAUUAGUACCAACCCAUCCUGUAGCUAAUGCCAUGCAAAUAAUAUUUCAAAGAUUUGCACAGAAACUGAGUUUCUGGAGUUUCCAAUAUAACUCAGACUGCCAAAAGAAAAAAAGAUGAGCAGGUCUUAGGCUACGCUGCCUUCAGAUUUUCUCACAUUUUUUCUUACCUGCACAUCCAGUGAGCUCUUAAAUCUUUGAUUCCUCUGUUCACAAAACUCAGAUAUUUAUCUGUCCAACACUGUUAAUCAGUCGUCGCUAAAUAAACACAAACCUGUCUCAAUGUA